AAACCAGUAAUACUAAGAGCUAAAAGUAAAAUAAAUGUAGAAUUAUAAACAUAUUUUGCUGUAUAAUGAUUUACUUUAAUUAUACUAUUUUCAUCAUCCUCCUUCAAAAUAGAGAACUAAGGUUUAACAUAUUCUUCAUUCUAUUAUUAUUUAUUACCAAAGCAUUCAAAAGUUACUUUUUUUGGAAUAUUUUUUUCUUAAAUAAUAUCCAAAACAAGUUUUCCAACACUUGCUCUAGUAAUAACUCCUCCUUUUUUAUCACCUUAAUCAAUACUACAAUUAGUAAUUUUCGUAUUAACAGUACAAUCUCCCAAAAGACGAGUAGGUCUAAUAAUAAUAUAAUUAAGUCCACUUUUUCUAAUCAAAUUUUCAGCUUAAACUUUAUGUCCGAGUGCAUUUCUUGCUAAAGAAUUAAUUAAAUAAGCAAAAAAGUUAAAAGGACGAGUAACUAAGCAAGAACUAAUAAGGACAUAAUUAUUAACUUUAUGUUUUUUACACAGACUAAUAAAUAAUUCAUUAACUGUUAUUUCAAUAAAUUUACUAUCAUCUUAACUUUUUAAAUUAACUCCAAUUGCAUUUAUUACACAAAUUACUUUUUCUCCUUUUCUAUUUGGAUCAAAUGCCAUAUCAAGUAUACUAUUUAUUUCCUUUUUUUAUUCUAAUUUUUUCUUUUAAAUUUUCGUCUCGUGGAACAAAUCACAUUCUAAAACACUUUCUGUUUAUACUAAUUAAUCUUUAAAUACUUAUUAAGCUGUUUUUUAAUUUCUCACUAUUAAUCUUAUUCUAUAGCCUGAUUA